AGAUACUCAAUCAGUGAGUGACUCGUUGGUGCUUCGACGCCUUGGAGUUCGAGCUACUUCGUCUACCUUCUCGCGUUUGCAUCUUUAACUAUCAAAAUUUAUACAGUAUUGGGCUGGCGUUCAUUUAACGGUCAUUUCGCAUUGAAGAAUAGUGCUUCUUUGUAACCACCUCUUCCUUUCUGUGCGUGUCGUUUGCGUCCUCUAUUUCACGAACUUUAGAGAUUCUAUCAAGUAAAGAAAAUGUCUGCUGCCGCAACCAUCACCACCGCGCAGGCGCCGCCGCCGCAACUUCCGGAGCCGGAGCAGGCGUCCCCGUCGCAGCUGGACGCCGACCCCAACGUGCAGUCCGCCAUCCGUUUUCUGCAGGACCCGCGCGCGCGAAACGCACCGGUGGAGUCGCAGAUUCGCUUUCUCAAAGGGAAGAGCAUGUCUGAUGCACAAAUCAAGCACGCCUUCUCCAAGGUAGGGAGAAUGGUCACACUCGAGAAGAUCGCGUCGGUGCGGGCACCAGCGCCGAUGAACGCCGCGCUCGGCGGCCAAGCAGCCACGAACAACUUCCAGAGUGGCAUGUCCACACAGAUUAAUUCGCGUCCGCUGUCCCCGGUGGCCCCGCCCACACAGCCGCAGUACACGCAGACGCUCUUCCCUCGUUCCCCGCCACCGCCGCCGGAGGAGCCGCAGGUCAAAGGCGUGGACUGGCGCGAUGUGGUGAUCGGCACCGGCGCUGCGAUCCUCGCCGGCGUGGCAGGCUACAAGCUCUUCAACCGCUACUCCCCGUAUGAGAUUCGGCGCAAGAGCGACAAGAAGCCGCCGCGGGCCUUCCGGGGCCCCUACGCCGGUCGUCAGCGGUCCAUCCCCAACGGAUCGUCGGAGAGCGAGACGGACGGCUCCGGCUUUCCGCCACCGCAUUUCCAGGCGCCGCCGCUGCCGCCGCCCCCGACGACGGCGCCUGGUGCGCUUGGGCAGGUCGCUGCUGCUGCCGCGGUCGGACUCGCUGCCGAGGCGGAGGAGCUGAAGAAGUUGCAGACGCAGCUGGAGGAGACGAAGGAGGCGUUGACGACCGAGCGAAAGAAGUGCGCCGACUUGGCCGUCUCCUCCGCCAAGAUUCGCGCCGAGAAGCAGCAGCUGAGUCGAGCCAACGACCGCCUGACGCAGCAGCUGGACGAACUCAAGAAGGACAUGGAGAAGCUGGAGGAGGAGAGGGCGGCCGCUGCGGGGGAAGGGAAGUUGACCGCCACGGAGGAGGAGCCGCCGAGGGAGUCGUCUUCCUCACUGGUGAAGGCGGCGGACGAGACGGCGGAGGGGCAGACGCCGCCGGUGGCGGUGUCUCCCGUGGUGGCCGCUGACCCACUCAACGCGACGGCGGUGGCGCCCCUCGCUGCGGCACCAGAGACGGCCGCUGCCCCCGUUGUUGCUCCCGCUGCUGUUACUGCUGCGGCUGCGACUGCCGUGUCGACGUCGCCAGCUGCGGAGCUUCCAGCAGCGCCGUCAACGUCGUCGCCCGUACCUGAGCCGGCCGUAGAGGUUGCGCCUGCACCUAUUGCGGCUGAGGCUGCCCUGACGGCUGUGCCGGAGCCGAUGGCUGUGCCCGAGGCUGCGCCGUCGAAUCUUGCCGCUAUGGUGCCGCCGGCUUUUCUGACUCCAGAUCCGAUCAAGCCGGGGGCCGCUCCUGCUGCCCCGACGCACUGA